AUCUUACGCAUGCGCAGCCUGCCUUGGUUAGAUAGGACGCGAUCAGGGAGCGACAGACCCCACGUGUUCUUCUGCCUCUCUCCUUUGACUGAAGGUUAAACUUUGCUGUUGCUUUGGUGGGUUUAACCGAAGCCCGGUAGAGGUUAGGAAACGGGCUGAAAAGCAAAGAUGGACCCGAUGAAAGCUCAGCAACUGGCGGCCGAACUCGAGGUGGAAAUGAUGGCAGACAUGUACAACCGAAUGACUAACGCAUGCCACAAGAAGUGUGUUCCUCCUCACUACAAGGAAGCAGAACUGUCCAAAGGCGAGGCAGUGUGUUUGGAUCGCUGUGUGGCCAAGUACCUUGACUUGCACGAGAGACUAGGUCGUAAACUGACUGAGCUCUCCGUACAGGACGAGGAGAUGAUGAGGAAAGCAGCCACUGGCACAGGCUAAAGCUACAAGGACUCUCAAAGAGCAACACAGUGCGGCCUGGGCUGGACCGGAAAGAGGACAGGAAAUGCACCGACUUAUUACAGACAUCAGAAUGAAGCGGUGCUUGAGUACAAUAAUGUGUGUGAGAGAAGACACUUCAGCCGUCUUCAGUUAAAUCUCUCUCUGUCUCUCUCUCCAGAGUGUGAAGUUGUGAUUGGAAUAAUAAAAUGACCCAGAUUUGAUUUGCCCGCAGGUUGCUUGUCAAAUUGCAGAAUUAUUGUUGGAUUCGGUAAUCAAUAGUGUAACAAGAUAAAGUUGUUUCUCCAUUUGUGUUUUGUCUUAAAACCAGGACCAGGUUGUGCAUGAUGAACUUUACAUUUGUUUGGGUUCUUCAGUUGAUAUUCACCUGUGGGGAUCUUUUUUUUUUGUCUUUUUAUAUUUUGUUAACACUUUGUACUGACCCUGUACAAAACACAUGCAAUUAUGUUUUAUUGUUUAUGUUGGAAGAAGACUUACAUUUGCUGCAUAAUUAAAUAUCUUAUGCAUCUU